UUUCCGGUUUCACAGCACAUGCGGCAUCAUGGCACCAGGAGGAAAAAUCAACAGACCCAAAACUGAUUUGGGAAAAAAACUCUUUAAGAGACGGAGAGUUCUGGGGCGAGAAAAGAAAAAGAAAAAUCGCAUCGUGGGAGCCGUGAUCGACCGUGACCUCAUCACCAAACACCAUCUGAACAAGAGAAGCUCCAGCUCUCGAGCCAAUAUCACCCUUUCUGGGAAGAAGAAGAGGAAGUUAUUAAAGCAGUUGUCACACAUGGAGAAGGAGAGAUCUGCCAUGGCAGUGGAGAUUCUGCCGCAGAAAAAGAUUUCUGCUCCUGUUGCAAAGAAACCCAAAACCCCGUCAGCAUCUGCAGACAAAGACAAGAUGGACGUUGAGUAGAAGUCCUCUGCGGCUGUAUUUAAUGGACUUUAUUUUCUGUUAUCAGACGUCUGCUGCUUCUGUAUUGUUGGCGUGACGCUGUCAUGCUCUGACACACACUUUACAUGUAGAGAAAGUGAGAAAAGUGUUUGAGAUCAUCACGAGGAAACAUGUUCUGUUUCAGUUCUCCUUCAAUGCUUAAAAUAAGUGCUGUCUCCUAUUAAAGGGACAGGAUGCCCCAAAAUAAUUUACUCAUCCUCAUGUCGUCCCAGAUGUGACUUACUUUCUUCUGCAGAACACAAAUGAAGAUUUAUAGUAGAAUAUUUCAGCUCUGUAGCUCCAUACAAUGCAAGUGAAUGGUGACCAGAACUUUGAAGCUCCAUAAAGCACAUAAAUCUACAUUUAAGAAAAAAUGUAAAAUACAUUAAAAACACAUAAAAGUAAUCAAAAUAUAAAAAGAAUGUGGAAGUGAAAGUGGAAAUAAAAAAAGGCUUAAAUAUUGAUGUUUCUCACCCACACUUAUCAUAUCACUUCUGAAAACAUGGAUUAAACCACUGGAGUCUUAUGGAUUAGUUUUAUGCUGCUUUAAUGUGCUUUAUGGAGCUUCAAAGUUCUGGUCACCAUUCACUUGCAUUGUAUGGACUUACAGAGCUGAAAUAUUCUUCUAAAAAUCUUAAUUUGUGUUCUGCAGAAGAAAGAAAGUCACACACAUCUGGGAUGACAUGAGGGUGAGUAAAUGAUGACAGAAUUAUUUUUUUUGGGUGAACUGUCCCUUUAAUGCUGCUGUUUUGUUGUCUUAUUGAUUAACAACCACGAGUCUCAAAUGUAUUUUUGUACAGUGAAUUAAACAGUUAAUUAU